UGAGGGCGUGUAUGUCUGUGUCUGAGGGAGAGAGCGAGAGUCAGUGAGUGUGAGUGCGGGGUGGGGUGGUGGCCGUUACGUUCGAGGCAACGGCUGAGACAGUGGAGAAGUGAGAAGAGAAACAACGUCCGGCGCUUCCGCCUUCGCCUAGGAGGAGGAGGAACUGGUAGGGAAAGGAAAGCCAUUCGCCCUAGGCCUGGACUAGACCUCGUCGGGCCGGCAGAGGUCUGGCUAUGUGCCUUUGAGGGUCGCUUGGGACGCCGAGCGAGAGCCCAGAGCGAUGUCUCAGCCGCCGCCGCCGCCGCCUCCGCUGCCGCCGCCGCCUCCUCCCCCCGAGGCUCCGCAGACUUCGUCGUCGCUGGCGGCGGCGGCGGCGGCUACUCCGGGGGGCCUUUCGAAACGAAGGGACCGGAGGAUCCUUUCCGGGAGCUGCCCGGAUCCCAAGUGCCAGGCGCGUCUGUUCUUCCCGGCCUCCGGUUCUGUCAGCAUCGAGUGUACCGAGUGCGGACAGCGGCACGAGCAGCACCAGCUGCUGGGAGUGGAGGAGGUGACUGACCCGGACGUAGUGCUGCACAAUCUGCUGCGGAACGCGCUUCUCGGGGUGACGGGGGCUCCCAAAAAGAACACGGAACUGGUAAAGGUGAUGGGCCUCUCCAACUACCACUGCAAAUUGUUGUCUCCCAUAUUGGCACGCUACGGAAUGGACAAACAAACGGGCCGGGCCAAGCUUCUCCGGGACAUGAACCAGGGCGAACUGUUCGAUUGCGCCUUACUCGGUGACCGGGCCUUCCUCAUCGAACCGGAGCAUGUCAACACAGUGGGCUACGGCAAGGACCGCUCCGGAAGCCUGCUCUAUUUGCAUGACACUCUCGAGGAUAUCAAACGGGCCAAUAAAAGUCAGGAGUGUCUCAUCCCGGUGCAUGUGGAUGGGGACGGACACUGUCUCGUGCAUGCUGUGUCCAGAGCUCUGGUAGGCCGAGAGCUCUUCUGGCAUGCCCUGAGAGAGAAUCUCAAGCAGCACUUUCAGCAGCACCUAGCCCGAUAUCAAGCCCUGUUUCAUGACUUUAUCGAUGCUGCUGAGUGGGAGGACAUUAUCAAUGAGUGUGACCCUCUGUUUGUGCCACCUGAAGGUGUCCCCUUGGGCUUGAGGAACAUCCACAUAUUUGGCCUUGCUAACGUGUUACAUCGUCCCAUAAUUCUCCUAGAUUCCCUCAGCGGCAUGAGAAGCUCUGGCGAUUAUUCAGCUACCUUUCUACCUGGACUCAUACCUGCAGAAAAAUGCACUGGGAGAGAUGGUCAUUUGAACAAGCCAAUCUGUAUUGCGUGGAGUAGCUCCGGUAGAAACCAUUAUAUUCCCUUGGUAGGCAUAAAAGGGGCUGCCUUGCCCAAACUACCCAUGAAUUUGCUCCCUAAAGCAUGGGGUGUGCCUCAGGACCUUAUUAAAAAGUAUAUCAAACUUGAGGAGGAUGGUGGUUGUGUUAUUGGAGGAGACAGAAGUUUGCAAGAUAAAUACUUACUUAGGCUGGUUGCUGCUAUGGAAGAAGUCUUUAUGGACAAGCAUGGUAUCCAUCCUAGUUUGGUUGCUGAUGUACAUCAGUAUUUCUACAGAAGGACUGGGGUGAUUGGAGUUCAGCCUGAGGAAGUUACAGCAGCUGCUAAAAAAGCAGUAAUGGAUAAUCGCCUUCACAAGUGUUUGCUCUGUGGUGCCCUUUCUGAACUUCAUGUACCUCCUGAGUGGUUGGCUCCAGGAGGGAAACUGUAUAACUUGGCAAAAAGUACUCAUGGACAGCUGAGGCCUGACAAAAAUUACAGCUUUCCCUUAAACAAUUUGGUUUGUUCAUAUGAUCCAGUGAAAGAUGUUCUGAUACCAGACUAUGGAUUGAGUAAUCUAACAGCUUGUAAUUGGUGCCAUGGCACAUCUGUUCGAAGAGUCAGAGGAGAUGGCUCUAUUGUAUAUUUGGAUGGAGACAGAACUAAUUCUAGGUCUACCGGUGGCAAAUGUGGUUGUGGAUUCAAACACUUUUGGGAAGGGAAAGAAUAUGACAAUCUCCCAGAAGCUUUUCCUAUUACAUUGGAAUGGGGAGGGAGAGUAGUCAGAGAAACAGUAUAUUGGUUCCAGUAUGAAAGUGAUCCAUCUUUGAAUAGUAAUGUUUAUGAUGUUGCAAUGAAACUUGUUACCAAACACUUUCCAGGUGAAUUUGGGAGUGAGAUCCUAGUUCAGAAAGUUGUCCACACUAUAUUGCAUCAGACUGCAAAGAAAAAUCCUGAUGAUUACACUCCAGUCAAUAUAGAUGGUGCUCAUGCUCAAAGAGUUGGAGAUGUGCAAGGACAAGAAUUGGAGUCUCAGCUACCAACUAAAAUUAUUCUUACUGGACAGAAAACAAAAACUUUGCACAAGGAAGAAUUAAACAUGAGUAAAACUGAAAGAACUAUUCAACAGAACAUCACUGAACAAGCUUCUGCAAUGCAGAAACGGAAAACAGAGAAACUAAAACAAGAGCAAAAGGGGCAGCCUAGAACUGUUUCUCCAAGUACUAUUCGUGAUGGCCCAUCUUCUGCACCUGCCACCCCCACCAAGGUGCCCUACUCUCCUACAACUUCUAAGGAGAAGAAGAUUCGAAUAACAACUAAUGAUGGACGGCAGUCCAUGGUUACCCUUAAGCCUUCGACAACCUUUUUUGAACUUCAGGAAAGUAUAGCCAGAGAGUUCAACAUUCCUCCGUAUUUGCAGUGUAUUCGAUAUGGCUUUCCUCCUAAAGAGUUAAUGCCACCCCAGGCAGGAAUGGAAAAAGAGCCAGUUCCUUUACAGCACGGUGACAGAAUUACAAUAGAGAUCUUAAAAGGCAAAGCGGAAGGUGGCCAGUCUGCUGCAGCCCACUCAGCCCACUCAUCCCACUCUGUGAAGCAAGAAGAGAUUGCUGUUACUGGCAAACUGUCGUCCAAGGAACUUCAGGAGCAAGCUGACAAAGAAAUGUACUCCUUGUGUCUUUUAGCAACGUUAAUGGGGGAAGACGUGUGGUCUUAUGCAAAAGGACUUCCUCACAUGUUCCAGCAGGGCGGUGUAUUCUAUAAUAUUAUGAAGAAAACUAUGGGCAUGGCUGAUGGCAAACAUUGUACUUUUCCACAUCUGCCUGGCAAAACCUUUGUUUAUAAUGCCUCUGAAGAUAGACUGGAGUUGUGUGUCGAUGCUGCAGGACAUUUCCCCAUUGGUCCUGAUGUUGAAGAUUUAGUUAAAGAGGCUGUAAGUCAAGUUCGAGCAGAGGCUACUACAAGAAGUAGGGAAUCAAGCCCCUCACAUGGGUUAUUAAAACUAGGUAGUGGUGGAGUAGUGAAAAAGAAAUCUGAGCAACUUCACAAUGUAACUGCCUUCCAGGGGAAGGGCCAUUCUCUAGGAACUGCAUCUAGUAACCCGCACAUUGAUCCCAGAGCUAGGGAAACUCUGGCUGUAAGAAAGCAUAAUACAGGGACAGAUUUUAGUAAUAGUUCAAUUAAAUCAGAGCCUCCUGUGUUCACAGCUGCUUCUAGUAACAGUGAGCUUAUUCGAAUAGCUCCUGGAGUAGUAACAAUGAGAGACGGCAGGCAGCUUGAUCCUGAUGUGGUUGAGGCCCAGCGAAAAAAAUUGCAGGAAAUGGUUUCUUCUAUUCAGGCUUCAAUGGACAAGCACCUGCGGGAUCAAAGUACAGAGCAGACACCAUCUGAUCUUUCUCAAAGAAAAGUAGAAGCUGUGAGUUCUUCUGUGAUGCCCGGGAGUCUUCAGACUGGCUUGCCUGAAUCUUUUUCUUUAACUGGUGGCACUGAGAAUUCGAAUACUGAAACAACUGAUAGUUGUGUGGCAGAUGUACUGGGAGCAGCAUUUGCCACAAGGUCAAAAGCACAAAAAGAAAAUUCCAUGGAGGAACCUGAAGAGAUGGAUAGUCAAGAUGCUGAGACAAAUAACACAACUGAGCCGAUGGAUCACUCUUGAUUUAAUUAGAGGCUAAUAAAGGCAGAAUGUUUAUUGUGAAUAUGUAAUAUUUGUUGGCUGGGCCACAUAACUUGAGUAGUCAUUAAAAAUCUUGUACGUAUAUAAUUCAAAGAUUAUAUCUUGUUAUUCAGUGCAUGAUAGCAAGUGUGUGAUUGGCAAUAGCUUUUAAUAUACUGCUGCCCAGGCUGGCUCUGAAUUCUUGUAAAUUAGUUUAGAUCUGUUGAAAGAGUUUCUUCCAUAUAUGUGGUUCAUUGGAAGUUCUUUGUCAUUUUUAAUUCCAUAAAAGUCUUAAUUUUCAGACAUGAAAAUUCUCUUGCUAAAUGCUUGGUUUCUGCAGAGACCAGAAUUGAAGAUGAAAUGGGAGUUUGUACAUGUUAUCAUCAAGGUAGCCAUCCUACAUUUCAUGAGAAUGUUGAUUUCAAGUUUACCUUAACUAAAUGUAUCUUACAAUACAUAAAACAUUUUAUUAGACUACUUAAAAGUUAUAACAUUAUAGAACAGCUAUUGUUGACAAAAAUAUCUUGACAACAUUUUUCUGAUUUGAGCAACAUUGCUAAGAAAUAUCUAUCCUAGUAUGAUAAAGUCAGUGUGAUUCAGUUAGUUGGUUUGAGCCAAUAUGGCCAUUCGUAUGCUUUUUGUGGAUAAUAUGUAGCCAUUAUUUUUUUAAUCUUGGCCUUUUCAAAUUCCAUCUAUUAUUUUGUAAAUCUUGCAUAAAGAAUCACAAUUUGUUCUAGAAUAUUUAAAAAUAAUGGUGGCAGUAGUUAAUUUCUAAUUUUCAGACUAUGUCAGUCACAGAGAAUUUAUCUUCAUAAAUGGUUCUAUAGUUUGACACAGUGAUAUGUAAGCCUAUAUAUGCUAAAUGUCUCUAAACCCCUUUGAACCAAAAAUGUUUCCUUUUUUCUUAGAGUCCUUAAGAUUUCCUCUUUGUUUGCUACACUUGAGUUUGGAUGCAUAGUUUACUCCAGCAGACCAUGAGCAACUGCACAUUUGCUUAAACAUUGCAUUCAUUAACUCUUCAGUGCCAGUUUCCUCAAAGCAGCUUUCAUGCUAAUUCUUUAAAAGCAGAGUGUAUACUUCUGAUAUUGGUACUGCACCAUUGUAUUCUGUUGAUCUGUAUUUGUAAGUGUAUUUCAGUCCAUCAUCUUCCCUUGUUUACUGAAAUUAAGUUGAAUUUGAAUGAACGAAAGACAAAUGUAUAUUAAUAUAAUCUCUUAGAGCACUCAAAGCCUGGCUGUCUCUGUUUGCUGGCUGUCUCUGUAACAGAUGCAGAACUGUUUGCACUUCUACAAAACUGUAUGUCAAAAAAUACACUAUCAGGUGUUUAAAAAUCUCUACCUGUUCAUUCAAAAGGGAUAUAGGUUGUACAUUAACUUUUUUUAGGUAAGGGAGGUGUCAUUUUUUUUCCGUGUGACAGUAUCUUUAAUUGAGUCUACAUAAUGACUGCCCCACUUUGUUGAAUAAGGAAGGAAGGAAAGCAGGAAGGGAGAAUCUAGACUUUUUACAAGUGUAGCUGAGGUUAAGAUAAUGUACAAUACCACACACACACACACACACACACACACACCUGGAUUAGAGUUGAUCAUAUCACAUGCUUUGCAAAAUUUCAUUUCCAUUCAUCCAUUUCUAAACUUACUCUCACACAUAUUUAUAUCAAAGUACCAGGAUAAUUUAAAACUUUUAUGUUGGAUACUAGUUUUGCAUGAAGUAAGAAAGCUACCAAAAUCUUAACAAUUAGCUGUGCUUUAAAUAAAAAAAUCAGCCCCCAUCACUUCACUAACCACUAUCAUUUUUGCUUAUUCAGCCACUGAGAUAUUCUUUAUUUUUCUUUCCUUGUUCAAGUACAAGGAAACUAUUGAAUAAGCAGAAAAUGUACUGCUCCAAAUAAAUUAUAUAAUUGCCCUGCUUAAACAGAUGCCCUUCUGUGGCUUGGUAUGUUUAAUUAAUAACUGGCAGGAUCUCAAAGCAUUAGUAGGAAUAUCAGAAACAAAUUUUGUCUUAUUUGGACACAGUCUCACUUUGUAGCCUUGGCUGGCCUGGAGCUCACUAUGUAGAUCAGGCUGGCCUUAAUCUCACAAAGAUAUCUGCCUGCCUCUGCCUCCCAAGUGUUGGGACAAAAGGCAUACACUAACAUGCCUGGCUAGUAACAAAUUUUAUCUCCCUAUUAAAUACUUGAAUUUAAUGUAAAUUAUGCACAUGUGAACGUUAGAAGAUGGGCUUAAUCUCUGACAAUACUUCACUGUCUCUAGUGACAGUAGUGGUAUUUAAGGUUAGAAACUUAAUUGAGUAUAAAUAAAAGUUUGGGUUUUCCCUUGAUACAAAAUAACAAACAAACCAACAAACAAAAAACAGGCUUGAGAAUUCAUCAGCAUUCUUUGAACAUAUUUUAAAUCAGUUGAAAUUUGAAUGGGAUUAUUAGUGGUUCUUGGGUAAGUUUUGAGAGGGUUUCUUUUUUUUUAAACAUCUUUGUAUUUAUGUGAAUGUAGAUUUUUUUAUCAUUGUGAUGCCACUGUACUGCAUCAGUGGAGCACAAUAGCUUGUGAUCGCAAGUAAAAGUGGUUUUUAGCCCUAGAUGUAACAUAACUAAUUCAAACCUACUCAGUUCUAUUUGCAGUGUUCCACUGAAUACUAAAGUAAUAUUGUAAAUAUUUUUCUUCAGUAAUCCAUUCUGUAAUCAUACCAAGUUUGAGUUGAUGACCCAAAGUCCAGGCAGUGAAAGGUGGUGUAUGUCCAGAAAGCUGGUAAUGAACAAUUGUUCAAAUUGAAGGAAACAAGACACUGCCAAGUAUUAUGAAUAGUAUACAAUUAGCUCCAAGGAAAUGGUUACUCAGGAACUAAAGAGCAAGCCUAGAUAGUCCAUUCCUCUCCCACCUCUUAAACUAUGUUUCAAGUAUUUAUUGAAAAUUAUUAGGAAAGAGGCCUGAGAAAUUUAGCAAAUGCUGGUAUUUGAAAUUCACUUUAUACCUUUUUACAGUUUUUAGUUUGGUUUUUACAAUUAAGCUUUACUGCUUGCAGUUGACAUAGCAUUUUUGGAUGUACCUGUGAGACUAGCCACAGGUUUUACAGGUCUUUAUUGCCAUUAUUUUAAGGAUCAUACUCAUUGGGUGUUAACAGCGUCUUACAUAGGGUCUCUUACCUCAGGGAAGAUCAUUUACUAGCAACUCCUAUACUAGUAUUGACAGGUUUGGGAGAACUACUUUGACAUAUCACAUGUUAACUACCAAAUUAAGAAAAGUAUUAUUUUACAUAGUUACUGGAUGUCUGCUCCCCAGCAUUUCUCUAGAUAUUAGGACCCUCAUAAUAAGUAACAUUUAGAUAUGAAAUAAACUUCUAAGUUCUGUCAUUAGUUACAUUUCAUCUUGUCACUAUAGUGAUAGUAUAUAUUUCUUUUAAUCUCAGAGCAUUAAUGCAGUUUUGUCCUCAUUUUCAACAGGCCUAAACUUAAAUACUCAAGUACAAAUUUUGAGAGUUUUAGUUUUCUUCCUUUUUUUUUUUUUUUUUAAAUGGCUUUUAAAGCAAGGUCUGUACCUUAAGAUUCUUAAGAAACCAGAGGCCUUGCAAAAUUGGUUUAAAUUCUACUCAUUUUAACACAGAUUUAAAGUUACCUUUUAUAACAGAAAUAGAUGCACAUUCUAGGUUGGCUAAAUGUUCUACUUUCCAAGACUGUAAUUUAACAAAAUAGUACAACACAGAGGCUCUUCACAAUUAGAGUAUUUUUUCAGAUAAAAACAACUCAUGAAAAUAGGCCAUAGUAGUAAAAUGUAUAUUUAAGGAAUAAAGUAACAAAGGGGAGAUAGAUCACUAAUGUCACAGAAUUAAUUGCAAGUUCUGCCAUUCUUUGAGAUGCCAAGUGUUUCAAUUCAUAUUUAAUGAUACUCAAAUCGUGGAAAUUUUAACGUUUGUUCCAAAGUAGCAGAAACUGUAAAAAAAAAAAAAAUUGUGAAUUAUUGGAGAAAAUGCCAUUACUUGUAUAUCUGACAUUUAAAGUUUUUAAUUAUGGAGUUGACUUGUUUUUGUAGUAUAAUAAUACAAUGACUAUUCUCUUGUAAAAGAAAAGGAAAAACUAGUAAAGAAAAAGUUUUAGUUGAUGUUAUUUGCUUGUAUCAAUUACUAGUAUUUUAAAUUCAAGGUAUUGCAUACUUUUCUUUAGAAUACAGAAAUCCCUCCUGGAGCCUUUAUGCCUGUUGUAGAGCAAUAAAGGACUGAAAAGCUUA